AUGACUAACAACUCCACAUAUCUGACUUUUGAAAAAUAUGACGAUCCAGAGAUCAAAAGGUUUACUCACAUGAACAAUGGAGAAGCCUGGCAAGGUCUAUUGCCGAGAGAUCAGUACGCUGAUAGAGAACAAUACUUGAGUGAAUCGGGAAUUGCACAGAAGAACCAGGACCCAGCUACUCAGAAACUAUACCCAGAAGGUUGCGAAUGGUUUGGUAUUAAAUUCUUUGCCUUGAAGGAUAGAAGACUACCAGCAACUGGUAAGACGAGCCAAAUUGUUUCUAGUUGUGAAACAUUGAACAGAUUAGCAUAUUGUACCACCAGUGGUUCUGAUGGGAAAAUUGAAUUGUGUUUGAAUGUUUGUAUUGGUGGUGUAUUUACUGAAAAGAAGUUUAGAGGCCAAGGUUACGCCAAAGCUAUGAUCGAAUCACUUAACAAAUAUUAUGAUGAGCUACGUGCUACACCUGGUGCCCCAGAUUUCAUUAAGAAUCUGGUGAUCACGCUAUAUAGUGAAGUGGGUGAUUAUUAUACACAAUUAGGUUACCAUACUUUGCAUGUUCCUUUACAUAACAUUACACACAUCGAUGAAUUAUAUCAGGAAUAUUGUGGAGGAGUUGACUCGGCUCCUGGUAGAUUUUUAGGAUUCGACGAUUAUGAAGAUUUGAUUCAUUUGCAAGAUAAUGAAUUUAAGAAGGAUCUUUUAACAACAAAUGGUGCCAAUAAAGAUUCAUUUAUCUUUAUGGUAAAACCAGAUAUCGAAAUUUUCAAAUGGUUCCAAUAUCGUGAUAUUUUCAUCCAAGAGAGAACUAACAAUGGAACCACCCAACCACCAUUUGGGUUUGAACUAGAAAAUCACAGUCACAUCAUAUGGCAUCACAACUGGAAUGAUAACAAGUUGGUCAUCACCAAAAUCUACAUCUCUGAGGACCAAAAAAUGAACUCCGAGGUAGUCUUGAGACAAUUAUUUGCCAAGGCAAUAAAUGAAGCAAGAAAAACAAAUCUAGAUGUUUUACAAUUCUGGGAUUUCGAAAUUUCAUUGAAUGAAUUUCCUCAAUUGCGGGAUGUCCUAAAGGAAGUUUGUGAUGAUGAUGAAUUGUAUGCUCAAAAUGGGUCUAUAAGUGCUGUAAGACCACCUCCGGGUUAUAACAAGGAUACCAUUAUCUGGGAGAAGAACACCAAGUUUUGUUGGUUCUGA